AAUACAUCAGGAAAACUGUCAAAAGGAAAAUAAACAACUUUAUACGAAUACGUUCGAAUAAAUGCUACGAUUGAAAGCAGAAGAAAUAGAUCAUAAUUAAUUAAUAAAUUUAUUUUUAAAUGGAUAAAAUUGUCACGAUGAUGAAAUUUAUGUUAUCAUUUAAAGGCGUGUGCAUAGUAAUAGUAUCUUUGUGUGUUUGGGUUUUGUUUCAACAAUUUCGAAAAAGAAGGAAGUACACAAAGAUUCUUCCAUCACAAAUUAUAGGACUGAUACAAGUUUUAGGCUUGCGAAAUUAUACAGAGAUUAAGUUACCUCCAACAGCAGUGGUAUGGCUGUUCACAACGGCAAUGUUUCAUUUAUACAAAAAAGAAACAUUAUUUGCUGUUUGGCUUGGGUUCACACCUUUCAUAAAUCUGAACAAACCAGAAGCUGUUGAGGAGGUUUUAAGUGGAACAAAAGCGAAUGAAAAGUCUUGGAUUUAUGAUUUUGUGCAUUGCUGGUUAGGAACAGGUCUUUUAACUAGUUACGGUGAGAAAUGGAAAUCAAGACGAAAGUUGUUGACACCAGCGUUA